AUGUCUAACUUGUACAAACUGGUAACAAAAUGUGUCUACAGAGUAUUAAUUGGAAUUGUACAGGAGAGAAGAUUGCUGUCGGAAGCGCAGUUGGCCACGGUUCGAGGAGUUCAAGGGGCAAAGGAACAAGCACUGUUGAACAUCGCAAUUAACAGGGCGCACAAUAACAAUCUGAAGACAUCAUGGCUCGAUAUUAAAAAGGCAUUCGAUUCGAUAGACCAUAAAUAUUUACAUGCCGUUUUAGAUCACCUGAAUAUCCCAGAUUGGAUAACGAACUUUAUAAAGCACAUCACUAGUGGAUGGACAAUAGACCUUAGAUGUGGGAAAGAACCUAUAAUGGUGAAAAGGGUAACAAGAGGAAUCCUCCAAGGAGACUCGUUAUCACCACUUCUAUUUGUACUAUGCAUGGAUCCCCUGAGUAAAAUCCUACACUCAGUUUACCCAACGGUAAAAGGAAAGAUUGGAGAAAAACAGGAACAUGCCAUGAACCACCUACUAUUCAUGGAUGACAUUAAACUAUUCGCUGAAACUGACGAAAUCCUAAAGAAAAUGACGGACGAAGUCAAAAUGUUCUGUGAAGCCUCAGGAUUGGAAAUAAACAGAGAAAAGUCAGCUACAAACUCGCCUCUCUGCGAAGACACUGCGGUACUAUUGGAAGGAACUGCAAUGUAUAAAUACUUGGGUAUAAUGGAGGACAGAUCAAGCAUCCCAUCUUUGGAGUCAUGGGAAAAAAUCCGAGCCGAAAUUUUGGCAAGGGUUGAAAAAUUAGCAAAAACCAAGCUGAACGGGAGAAACAUGUUCAAGGCGAUAAAUAUGUUUGCAUUGUCCCUCCUGAACUACUACACUGGAUUGCUAAGACUUUUACCGGAUGAUUUUGAGGCACUGGACUUGGACAUCCGCAAAAUCCUGGUCAAACAUAGGAUACAUUACCUGAAUGCAUCCCCUGAAAGACUCUACCUUAAAAGAGAUCAAUGCGGACGGGGACUAGCAUCAGCAACCUUUAGAUCUGAAAAGAUGUUGCUAACUUUUUGGAACACCUUGAGAAAAGGUAGUGAGACAUCCACACGCCGUGCAUUGAUAAUGAAAAUUGAAAAUGAAGACCUCACCCAUAUGUCACGCAUAGAAGGAUUUGUCAGACGUAAAUACGAAAAAGUUAACAAUGGGGGAAUACGAAUUGGAGAUGACAAUAUCAAUGAGAUGCAAAGGAGAAGUCUGUUCCACUCACUUUCACAAAAGAGAUGCCACCCUAUAUUCUUUAAACAACUGAAUGGAGACAACUUCAUGGGAAACUAUGAUAAAUGCAAACAUUGCAAAGGAGCAACAGCUACUGUAGACCACCUGUAG